UUUGGCUUCGAAAAAAAGACCCUUCUUAUGUCGAUCCUUGGUGCAAACCAGCGGGUGGUCGUCGGAGAAGGGUGUCUAUAGUUCUAGCGAGGAGGCGUCAGGCUCGGAGAAGAUGAUACACCAUGUGGAUGGGGAAGCAAAUGUCGUUGACCUGGCUCUACAGUCCCCUCAUUCUGAUACCGAGAACGAUUUGGUGGAGUUGAACAACAACAACACAGGUCCUGAGCCGUCGCAGUCCGCUGGAAAUCACGAAGCAUCCUCCUCUUCUUCACCGGCGAGUGCUAACAACGACCCUCAGUACCCAAUCGACAUCAAGUAUGGAUUUGAUGAGCUAUGCCCGGUGUGUGGGGAUAAGGUGUCCGGGUAUCACUAUGGGCUACUUACCUGUGAAAGCUGUAAAGGUUUCUUCAAACGAACUGUCCAAAAUAAAAAGGUGUACUCAUGCGUCGACAAUCGAAACUGCCACAUCGAUAAAAGUCAGAGAAAAAGAUGUCCUUAUUGUCGGUUUCAAAAGUGUUUACAAGUGGGGAUGAAAUUGGAAGCUGUGCGGUCAGACAGAAUGCGUGGGGGAAGGAACAAGUUUGGCCCAAUGUACAAGCGAGACCGUGCACUCAAACAGCAGGCCAUACGACAACAACAACAGCUCUUGGCCUCCUGCCAGAUGCGGCUUUCCAACGGCAUGACCCCGGUUCCCAUGGCAAUAGAGGAUGUGAAGCCCAACGCGGCCCUGCUCAUGGGCAAUAGCAGCCUGGACUUUACCCUGACCCCGAGCCCGCCACCGCCCCAUAGCCUUCCGUCCGCCAUGACGCCUCCGUCGCCUGACGCCCACCUGUUGGCGUACCACACGGCCGUCACAACGGGCUCUUCACCUACUCAGGGCAUGUACUCUUUCCCCCACCACCAUUACACCACGUGCAGCGGCGGGGGCAGUGGCAUGAUGUCACCCACGACAACGCACAGCCCCUCGGGCAUGCUGACGGUGGCCACCCUCCCGCACCUGAUCAAGGAGAUGCAGGCGAGCAUGGUAGACGAGGGACAGGUGCAGCACAAGAUGGCCGCCUUCAUCCAGCAAGAGUUUGACGAGCUACACCUUACUCAGCAACCGGAGAGCUUGAUCCGAAUUCUUUGUCAACUCUCAGACCAGUGCCUCUUUCUCAUGGUGGAGUGGGCAAGGAAUUCCAUCUUCUUCAAGGAACUUAAGGUUGAAGACCAGAUGAAGUUGUUACAACACUGCUGGAGUGAACUUAUACUGUUAGACUUUAUAUACAGACAGGUGAAAGAGAACUGGCAAGAUGAAUUUGUAUUGGCCAGUGGACAUCAUAUAGCCUGUGACUAUUUUGAUAAGAUAGGCUUAGGAGAUGUACGGGAGCGGCUCUUAGAACUCAUCAAGAAGAUGAGGGACCUGAAAAUAGACUAUAACGAGUACAUUUGUUUGAAGUUCCUCAUCUUGCUCAAUCCAGAUGUGUCGGGCGUGGACGGACGGGGCUUCGUGGAACAGUGUCAAGAGAAGGUCAACGCCUCCCUGCUCGAGUACUGUAUGAACUUUCACCCCAUGAUGAAGGAUAAGUUCGGUCAGGUGUUGCUAAGGCUACCCGAAAUCCGCCUCGUUAGUAUUCGCAUGGAGGAGUACCUUUAUUUCAAGCACAUGAAUGGCGAAUUGCCAGAACAGACACUUCUGAUGGAGAUGUUACACUCGAAACGAAAGUGAAAGCUUGGCUCAUUUUCUUUGUUUUUGCUGCACACCAGUUCACCGGUUAUCACAUC